CAAUCCAACAUUUAGCACGCAAACGGUCGGCGACACGCUCCAAUACUAAUUGUCCCCUACACAGUAGUCCUCAGUGGUCUUUCUGUAAAUUACGUAAAAUCAAAGCCCUAAGUUCAAAAACCAUUUUCACUAACUCUUUUUCAUACGUAGUUUUCUCUGUAUGAUAUCCGUUGAUCUCCCCAUCAUUUUCUCCAAAUAUUAUUUAUUAUUUCUCCCAUUUUUCAUCUCAAAAUAGAAUGUUUUAGCAACACCACCGACACAUAACGCUCUCGCCGGAAACAAUGGCAGCUUCCGGCAACUCUACCGGCGACCAUGUUUUCACCGCCGAAACUCCAAUUCUCGGCCAGAAACUCUACGUGGUCGUAAUCGCCACCGUCGUGUGUGUGCUCGCCGCUUUUGCUAUAGCUUUCGUCUACCUCCGCAGACGGAACUCCGAACGGCGCCGCCUCGGCGCCAAACACCAUCCCGGACUUUUACCCCUGGUAUCCGAAGAGAUUGGGGAAAUCAACAAGCCGGAUCAAGGCAAAGCAGCAACAAAAAUUGAAAACGACGACGACAACAAAAAGGUGUUUCUGAUAGACGACGUAGCCGUAGGGUUUGGGGUUGAGUCCGAUAGCAAAAAAGGAAGUUCCGGAAGCAACGAGUCGAGCACUACUCGGAGUGAUACCUCAUCGGCGUUGUCGGCGUCCACCGACGGUUUGGGGAAUUACGGGUGGGGCCGGUGGUACAGCUUGCGCGAGCUUCAAAUUGCCACGGAUCAAUUUUCCGGGGAGAAUGUGAUCGGAGAAGGAGGGUUUGGCGUAGUUUACCGCGGGGUUUUGAGCGAUGGCUCUGUAGUUGCGGUGAAAAAUCUUCUAAACAAAAAGGGUCAGGCGGAGAAGGAGUUUAAGGUGGAAGUUGAAGCCAUUGGUAAAGUGAGACACAAGAAUCUUGUGGUUCUGAUAGGUUUCUGUGCGGAAGGUGCACAAAGGUUGCUUGUCUACGAGUACAUUGAUAACGGCAACUUGGAGCAGUGGUUACACGGUGACGUGGGCCCGGCUAGCCCUUUAACUUGGGAGAUUAGGAUGAAGAUUGCCAUUGGAACAGCCAAAGGGCUGGCGUACUUGCAUGAAGGUUUGGAACCCAAAGUUGUUCACCGUGAUGUAAAAUCCAGCAACAUUCUCUUGGACAGGAAAUGGAAUGCCAAAGUAUCGGAUUUUGGACUCGCCAAGCUAUUGGGGUCCGAGAAAAGCCAUGUCACCACACGCGUGAUGGGAACAUUCGGAUAUGUCUCUCCUGAUUAUGCAAGUACUGGCAUGCUUAAUGAAGGAAACGACGUUUAUAGCUUUGGAGUUCUACUCAUGGAAAUAAUUACUGGGAGAAGUCCAGUAGACUAUUCCAGACAAGCUGGAGAGAUGAAUUUGAUUGAUUGGUUUAAAGGGAUGAUAUCGAGUCAUCGUAGCGAAGAGUUGGUAGAUCCCUUAAUCAGUGUGCCUCCUCCGCCACGAGCUUUAAAAAGAAUAUUCCUUCUUUGUCUUCGCUGUACAGAUUUGGAUCCCAAUAAACGUCCGAAAAUGGGGCAAAUUGUACACAUGCUCGAAGCUGAUGAUUUUCCUUACCGUGCUGAACCUCGUUUUGCACGUGAUAGACCUCCUCUACACCCCCAAGCUACUGGUAAUAAUAGCAAAGCUGAAUCUGUUGAAAAGGAAGUGGUGAAUAACGAUGAAGAACGACCUCCGUGGAGAUAAUCAUUUAAUUAUAAAUGACAAAGGUAUACUAUACUGAGUUUCUAUUUAUACAUCUUAUGAUUAUGGAUUUUUCAGAUUUUAUCAUAUAUUUAUGUAUACAUAUUUUUCCUUUCACAUAUAGAAAUACAUUAUGGUUAUAUAUAUUGAGAUGAGGUUGUAAAUAUUGUGUGUGAAACUAAAGCAUGUAUUUUCAUACAAUGUACUUCACCAAACUUUGUGUGGAUCAGGCACAACAUUUUGGGCCUUUUCAGAUUAGACAGGCCCAUAGAAAUAUUAAGACAAUGGGCUUGCUUA